AUGGACUCUUACCUAUCUGAACUCUCUCAUGUUGCUAGAUACAAUAUCAAUGAUGAAGAAUGGACUCCUGCUUCCAUCAUUGUGAAUGUAGCAACCUCACUAGCUGAUGAUACGCCAAAGGAGAUAAACAUUAUGGAUACUCUGGGGUUCGAUAAUUAUCGAAUGGAGAAAUCGACGGUGUAUUGGCUACCUUCGAUGUAUCAAUCUUGUGAUCCGGCGCAUAUUAAAGAAGUUUUGAUGCCAUACUUUGUACUUCCUUGCAAGACUGCUGGAUUCCGCAUCAAAAACAAGGGAUUUGAUAAGAGGCGGAAUCACAUUACCAUAUGUUGUCCAAGGAGUCGUUUUUACAAACAAAGGUCCCAAAAGGACAGCAACAAAACCACCCAGACUCAGCUUCCUGUUGAGGGGGAGGGUGUCAAAUGUCCAUUCUCUUUCAAUGUUCUAUAUAGCCAGGAACACAGACGAUGGUAUCUACCCAAGUUCCAGACAGGCAACAAGCUUCAUCGUGGCCAUGUACAACUAGAAGAGGCACAAGUGAAAGUGUUAAGUACUCAUCUUGGCACAGAAGCCGUUACACUAGCGGAACAAUGCCUAAAGAACCACCUCUCGCCAAGUGUUGUUAAGACUUUACUUUAUGAACGGACAGGCUCAUCUCUAACUUCGAAACAAAUCGAAUCUCUAAGGAAGAGUUUGCAUCAAGGAGUUGUCUUGUCUUUGGUGAAGCCAGACGGUACCAUCUCUCAAGUACCGCAUCAGGAGGCGACAGCUGCAGACAGGCUACUUGCCCGAUUGCAAUCCGACCCAACAAAAUCGUUCGUUGUCCUAUUUGCCUCAUAUGACUCCGGCCUUCUUCGAAUCAGACAAUCACAUAGGGGAGCCACACCUCAGAACAUUGAUCCUGAAUCACUAACAGAUGAAUCGGACAGUGCUGAAUCCUUUGCGAACAAAGUAAGAGACGCUCUAUCCAUCACAGGUUCUGGAAUGAUUUUGCUUGCACUUGCCUGGACGGGUGAAAGUUCCCAGAGAUUGUUCCAAAUGUAUCCCGAGUUCAAGUCUGGUGAUAUCACCUACAAAACAAACUCCGAAAAGAGGGAAUUGCACAUAGAGUCUGGGAUAGCUGCCGAUGGGCAGUCUUUCAGCCACACAUGGGCAUUGUUCCCAUGUGCUUCAAAGUGGAUAUUCCAGUGGUUCUACCGAAAUGCCAUGCCCCGACUUCAUUCGGCCAAAACUCUGUCGAGAGUAGAAGUGGCUGCUUAUGAUGAAGACGAGAAGUGUUACAUGAUGUUCCAACAAGCAUUGGUGACAAAAUGCUGA